AUGAGUAGAAACAAUUAAGGAUCAUCAAUAUCAACUCUUGUUCCUAUACUAUAAAGAUAAUGUCCAACAGGUAGAGUUACAUUAAAUGAUAUGUAUAUUGGAGAUAUGGGAGCUAAAUUAGUAGCAGAUACUAUAAAGAAUUAUCCAAAUAUUGGAAUUUUAGAUCUUAAAGGAAAUAAUAUUGGUCCUAAUGGAUUCAUUGAAAUAUUUUAAGCAUUAAAAACUAAUAUUGUAAUUUAUUUAUAUUUAAUAAGAGUCCUUAAGAAAUUUAACUCUAUAAUGGAAUUAACUUUGUGCAAAUAAUAAUUUAAAGGCUCUUGAAUUAUUAUAUUAAGUAAUGUCAAUAAAUAAAUCAAUUACACAUAUAGAUAUAUAAAAUAAUAGAUUGAAUACAACAUGUGCAGGAUUGAUAGCUAAUAUAAUUAGAAAUAAUCCUUAAUUAAGAACUUUAGAUCUUAGAUGGAAUGAAUUAGGAAAUUAAGGUGUAAGACUUUUAAUUCCAGCAGCUGCUGCUAAUGGUUAUAUUUUAUCAAUAGAAAUAUAAGGUAAUGGUGCAACAGAAGAUUCAAUUAGAGAAUUAAAUUCAAUACUUAAAUAGAAUAAAGAUAAUGUGAAUUUGGCAGGUAUGCAAGAUCCAGGUAGAAAUUAAGGUAGAUAUUAACCUGGAUAAAGAUAGCCACUUAAAGAAAUGGCAUAACAUUUAGAAGAAGAAAGAAGAGCAGUUGCUAAACAUUUAGAAAAAUUAAUAGAAAGAGAAAGAGCAUUAGGAUUAUAAUUAAAAGAAGAAUAUGAAGAAAAAACUUUAUAAUGGAGAUAAAAAUUAUUAGGAAAUUAAGCAAAAUAAGAUUAAUUAGAAAAAAAUGCAGGAGAACUUUAAAAUCAUAAAAAUAUAUUAAAAAAUGAAAUUUAAAAAUGGGAUAAUAAUAUUAAAUAAUUGUAAUAAUAAAGAUCAUUUACUACAAAAUCAUUAGAAGAAAGAUAUUAAGAAACUGAAAAAAAUAUUAGAGAUCUUGAAAAAAAAUAAUAAGAUGAAUUGGCUGAAUAAUAAAGAGGACAUUUCUUUAAUUUGAGGGAAAUUGAUAAUGAAUGGGGUAAAAAAUGUGAUUAAAUGAUGGAUGAAAAUAGAUAAUUAGAUGAUCAUAUUUAAAUUUAAUCAUAAUAAUGUAAUAAAGUUAAAGAUGAUAUUGCUAAAUUUAAUUCAACAACAUAAAUUUAAACAAUGGAAGUUAUUGAAAAAGUAAAGAAAUUAGUUUUAGAAGAAUUUAAAGAAAAAUUAAAUUAAAUGGAAAAACAAAUAGAAAAAAUAGAUUAAGAUAGACUUAAAAUAGUUAGAGAUAGUUAAUAAUCUAUAUUAGAAGCUCAAAAAGAUCUAAGAUAAAUAACAGAAUAAUAUACUGAUAUGUUGAAAGAUAAAGUUAGAUUGGAAUUAGAAAAUAGAAAUCUAUCUGUUGACAAUUAUUAAUUAGAAUAAUUUUCAUCAACUGUUACUUAAGAUUUAAGUUAUAGAAAAGAUCUAGAAAAAAAAGUACUUGAUUAAUUAACAAAGAUUAAAGAAAAAGAAUUUAAAAUAAAUAAUCAUGAAUUUGAAUAAAUGAAUAAAAUUAAUAAUAACUUUAAAAAUGAUACUGUUUAUCAUUCUAAAUUUAAGGAAGUAAUUAGUUUUAAUUAUAUAAUAAAUAGGAUACUAGAAAUAGAGAAGAGGCUUUAGACAAAACAUUAAGAGAAAGUGAUAUAGAAAAUCAUAAAUUAGCAAAGGAUAUUAAUAAAUUAACUGAAUUGCUCUCAGCAAAAACAAUUAAAGCAGUUUUAUCAACAUUUUAAGAACACAAAGUGUUUUGA